UUUAUAUGUCAUUUGCUUCCUACAACAGGACUAAAGAAUUUCAAUACAAGCUGUUCAAAGAGCAUCUCCAGAAAGAAGAUCCUUUCACGGAGCCAAGCAACCUGGGCUGAAAUUCAAAGACCUCUGUCUUCUUGAAUGAAUCUUAGAUGCUCUUGCUGCCUAAAGUUUCAUUCGGCAGCAUCACUCUUACUUAUAUUGUAAUCAAUCUCUACUCCCAUAUCUUUCCAAUCUCAUUCCCAACAUCAGCCUUCUCCUCCCUUUUCGUGAUGCAAGCAGCUCUUCCUCUUCACCACCUCUCAAAGCCUUCCCACGCAAUGGAAACACUCCCAAUCGAGAUCAAGCUAGAAAUCCUCCGCCAUGCUCUCCACUCCUCAGUCCCCCUCGCCUUCUGUCCUCUCCCUCUCUCCCGUUCAGAAUCCCGCAGAGAGUUCGCAAAGUACCCCACACAAACGUAUCUCCGUCAACGCUACUCCUCCACCCUCCGCCUCGCCUUAUGGAAUCAAUGUCUCAUUAACGAGCCUGUGACAAAACAAUUCAUGGAAACAUUCUCAGUACUUUCACUAGUGUCCAAAUCCACGAGGGAAUCGACAAGAAAGAUUUUCUUCGGGGAGAAUAAAUGGGUGCUACACAUCACCAGAACGUUCAACGCCAUUUCUUGGAUCGAGAAGUAUUGGGGCGUGGAAGUGCUGGGUCUGAUGCGAGACGUUCGAAUUGAAGCCCAGGCUUUACGGAAAGCUUGUUUCAAUGCACUUGAUGUUUUUACAACAGCCGCAGCUCCAGGUGGGAGGUUGAACAGUCUUGAAGUCCAGUGGUUGGAGAAAACAAGGCCACUGCAAACUGCGAUGAGAAAAGCCCGAGGUGAAAAUGAUGAGACGUGGCACUUUCAUCCUAUGCUUAGGGACCAUGGAUUGGAAAGGAAUUCUGAAGGUGGGAGGGGCUUGAUUAUCCAGCCUGGGGAAGAGCACGAAUACGAUGAAGAUGAUUUGGGGACGAAGUAUGAGGGGGUGAAUUCGGAGCCCGAGGAGUGGCAGGAGAACGAAGUUGUGCUUGUGCCGCUCGGGAAGCUGAGAGGAGUUCGGAAGGUGAGGAUCGAGGGAACUGUGAGGGAGAAGUGGGCGACAUGGUUAGAAGGUGUUAUGAUGUCCAAGCCUGAAGAAGAUGUGGAGGAAUUUCCACUCUCGGCUGCGGGGAGACGUAUACUGGGACUACUUGAGGACGCAGAUGGACUUUUGUUGCUGCAGAACUGAAAUGAGAUUAUCAAAGGAUCUUUAAGCUAAAGCAGGCAGCUGUACAUUGGACUAAUAACAACACUUGGCAGUAUUGCAGAAUUUGACGGCAACCAUAUUGUUCGCAGGAUGUUGCAGUAUGAAGAUUUUCAAUAGAU